AAACAAAUUAGCCCUAUAAAAAUGGUCUCAUGGCGUCUUCUUCUCUUGCAUACUCGGAAGCCUCUCUUGAGAUGGGCAGUAGUUCCACUCAAACCUCCAGACAGUAUGAGCAAGAUUGCCACAUCCUUCACUGUUACUUCUCUGGCAAUGGAGCAAUCAGCAACCAAAAACUUGUUCAAAUUUUUGUCAAUAGAGACUCAAAUACGCUCAAGCUUCUCCGCCAGACUUACAGUGUUCGAUAUGGCCGAGAUCUUCUUCAGUUCAUGUCAAAUGCUCAGAGGAAUAACUCCCUUGCUAGGAUAGCUUAUCUCCGCAUGGUUGAACCACAUGAACGCGAUGCUCAGAUGAUAAGGCAUUCGUUGUUCGGAGGGAGUCUAAACCUCAAUAUCAUCAUUGAGGUGGCUUGCACCAGACCAUCUUCAGAGCUGCUACAAAUCAAGCAUGCCUACCAAAGUCGAUAUAAUUCUGACCUUGAAAAGGAUUUAACAAUGAGAGUCAAUGGUGGAUUCAAAGAGAUUCUGCUGGCUGUUCUGAAGUCGUGUCGCAAUUAUGGAUGUAAAGCAGACAUGAGCCUGGCCAUGUGUGAUGCCAAGACUCUGUAUGAAGCUAUGGAAAGUGGGAAAAGCAUAGAUCAGAAGACAAUAACUUCAGUUCUGAGUCAAAGGAACAUUGGGCAAGUAAGAGCCAUACUAAGCUCCUACAAGCAGCUGUAUGGCCAUGAAUUCGGCAAGUCGAUUAAGAGAAGCAAAUGUGGGCAAUUUGGGAAGGAACUUCGGGUCGUAAUACGGUGUAUCCAACAUCCCGAGAAGUUUUUUGCAAAACAACUGAGGAUGAAAAAUGCGGAUGGUCGAGAGAUUCUGAUUCGAACAGUAGUUACCAGGUCGGGGAUAGAUAUCAAAGGGAUAAACAGAGCUUUUGUAGCUAAAACAGGCAGCUCUCUGGAAAACCUUGUUAUGCGGGAAUUUAACAACAGUAAGGACAAGACAAACGACAUUGUAGUCGGUAUCUUGGUCGGGCUUAUCAAAGGUUGAAUAUGAAGCAGGAAUCAUGGCAGAUUUGGUUCAUAAAUAAUUGACUUGUUUAUACAAAUAAAGAUGGCAUCAUGGUUUCUAAUUUAAAUUCCUUGUAAUUAUGCAUUGGAUUUGUAGUUGUUAAGGGAAGCUUCUUGCGCCAUGCAUAAACCAAGAUUCAUGUCUGCACGUCCUU